CGUGGCCUUCCCGAUGGUCAACAUCUAUGGUCCACGAAGGCUUUGGACACCACGCACACUACGACUACGAAUCGUCCUGUUGGGACUUCACGCGGAAAGUGACGUGUUUUGUGUGUUUCAGAACGAUUUUUAGCUUGUUCACCUGAAUGUUUUUCAUGUUCAGUGUUAGUGAUAUAUAGUGCAAAAACUAGACAAAUUAUGGACUAGCAAAUCGUUGUUUUUUGUUAUUUGAAAGAACAAUUCACACCGCCAAAAUGAGAAUUAAAAUGCCAGCGGUCCGCAUUGCUCAAGCUGAUACCGACGGGUCAGACACCGACAGCCACCAAGACAUCCUGACCUGCGGAGUGUGUCAAAAACCCUUCGCCCUCUCGGACAUAGUCCGUUUCAUCCAGCACAAAAUCCAAACGUGUAACAAAGAAAACUUCGGUCAGUGUUUUCAAAAUUCGGACAGAGAGCGCGAUAACGAUGACUCCGCAUUGCCCCUGUCGACGAUUAACAGUAGACGACCGAGCAUCUCGGCACCUAUUUCCGGUAAGAAGUCUUCCGAAACAGGGUGCACACACCUCCGCCGGCCUCGCCAAGAUUGCCAGCACCUGGUGAUCUUUGCGUUGACGGAGCGGCGUCUUCCACGCCCAAAAGACGGGCUAGCAGUCCGUUGACCAGCUCCAGUCCCGAGGAGGAUAUCAAACCAAUGAUCAAGCAGGAGAGGAUGGACACUACUAUGUCCCCUGAGGAUAACAGUGGCUGCAAAAAAGUCGAGAACGGAAGUUGCCGAUGCUGAAUCGAACACAACACAUAGUGAACCUAGCAACUACGUGUGUUCCACCUGCAAAGCAAGACUCCAUUCCGCUUGGCGUUUGGUGCAGCACGUGCAGCAUUCGCACGGAGUAAAAAUCUACGUGGAAAGUUCGCCGACCAGCAGUAAAGGCAACACGAACAACAACCACAGCUCUUCGAGCACGAGCAGCAGCACUUCCGGUUGUUCAUCGGGCAGCCUUCCUUCGGUUCCGACGCCCAACAUGAGGCAUCACCUGUUGCCUCCGCCAGACAUGCACAACCCCUUCGGGGUCGGCGGUUUGUUGAGGUUGCCUCUACCACCUUUGAACCACGGCAGCAUUCCUCCAACGCCUUUGUUCUCGAGACCAGAGCACCACUACAGAAUCGAUCAAUUAGUUACCGAGCAGUUCCGUCACCACGGACUGAAUCUCGCAGCGGCCGCCGCCUCGUUGGCGGCCGGCGCCGUUCCUCCACCGCACUCGAACUUUCCAUCACCUGCGGAACGGGCAAGCAGUCUUCCUUCGCGAGAGAGAAGCACUCCCAUCCAAAACCAAUCGAGCUUAAACAUGGAACCUCAAUUGGAUUUUUACUCGCAGCGGCUAAGGCAGUUGGCUGGUACAACUAGCCCGGGGGUAGUCGCUACGGUCAGUUCACCCAGUCCCCGGAAACUUUCACCCCCUUUUUCUCCACAACUUACAACCACCACUACCAUCCCAAACAACACGAGUACCAGCAGCACGGCAAGCAACAACAACAAUAACAACAAUAACAACAGCACCGGCAGCAGCCGACCGCCCAGCGUCUCGCCGCAGAACAACAAAGAAGAACAACAGCAGCUGAUCAACAUCAAUACGCCCAGGUCGGCGUCCACUCCACCCGGCAAACCUGGCAGCCCCAGAAACGCAUCUUCGCAAGACGCUGUCCACAGCUGCGAUUAUUGCGGCAAGAAGUUCCGAUUCUUGAAUAACCUGGAAGUGCACAGGAAGACACACACCGGCGAACUUCCCUACAAAUGCACCGUUUGCGAUCACGCGUGCGCCCAAAGUUCCAAAUUGAAGCGGCACAUGAAAAUCCACAGAACGUCGGAAGAUCGCACCAGUAAUGCUGGAUCCGUUGAAACAAUUGACGGUGAUGACAGCGAAGAAGACGAAAUGGAAGAUGAAGAAGAAGAGGAGGAGGAAGAAGUCGACGGUGAGGAGGAAGAAGCUGAAGAUUUGAGCGUACCCACGACGAAAACUUCCAACAAUCAUUCUGCUUCUUUGGUCGGCGAGCUUAUGGAUAAGUUUGGCUUGAGCAAUAUUGCGCAGUAUAGUGAAGCUUAUAAGCAAGCUUUGCAAGAGUCGAACUCGGCUUUGAAAUUCCAACUGGGUAGUAAAGACAGGGAUAAUAACAACACCACCCUUCAAAUGAAAUUACGCGAAGAUUUCGCCAAAGGAUUGCUGCCAGUUCCUACUCCGCAACAAUUGCCGCUGUUCCCACCUUUUAACGAUUCGUUCGAAGCCACGAAAAGAUUAAAAAUGGACAUGGAAAGAAACGACUGGUGGUUGCCUGGUUUGCCGAGGGAGAGCAAGGGAAUAAUCCCAGGACCCAGUGCACUGUUGCCGAACCCGUUGAUGAAGAAAGAGUCGAGGAGAAACGAUACGUGCGAAUACUGCGGAAAAGUGUUUAAGAACUGUUCGAAUUUGACUGUGCACCGACGAUCGCAUACCGGCGAGAAACCUUACAAGUGCGAAUUAUGUUCGUACGCUUGCGCCCAGAGCUCGAAGCUGACGCGCCACAUGAAAACGCACGGCAGAAUCGGCAAGGACGUGUAUCGCUGCCGGUUCUGCGAGAUGCCGUUUUCGGUACCGUCUACCUUGGAAAAGCACAUGCGCAAAUGCGUGGUAAAUCAGGGCAAAGGGCACAUGUUGGGCGCCAUGCCCUCCAUGCUUUCCGGCGACGAAGAUUCUUCUGCCAGCAUCGCUUCGAAGGAAGCGACAUGAUUUUUUCCCUGGGGUAAUUUAAGAUUGCCCCCGCCACCGCCGUCAAGUCUAACGUACUAACUAGUCCAUAAACAUUUAGGAAAUUUGUUUGUUUAAAUACAGCAUAGACAGAGAGUAAUACGGUUCUGUGAGUGACGAUGACUGUUUACCGUUUUUAAAUUAUUAUUUUAUUUUUGGAUCGUUCAAAAAAAUGUUGUCCUGUAUAGUAAAAAAUUGCGUAUAUCACUCGGUGACAAUUAUAAGAGUAAGAAACAACUUAAAAGACACCGUUCGUUUGUGUUACUAGUUUCUUUUAAUUUGUUUUGUUGCUGGCCUUGUAAUUAUCACUUACUUUUAUACUAAUUAAGUAUUGAUGAAUUAAUAAAUCAUCCAAGCAGUUUUCUCGAUGUUUAUUGUCUUUUUGCUUAUUUAUU